UCAUCGAAAAGUCCUCGUUCGACUAUUAAACAAGAAAAAGGUCUUACUCCUGUCCAAAAAGUUGAACUUGGACAUCGAAUUCAACUUUUAUCUGCUGAUCAAAUGGCAGUUGUUGCUAACCUUAUUCGUGAAAGUGGUGCACCUAUACAGGAUGAAGAUGGUGAAUUUUCGUUCGAAAUUGAUUCUUUAGAUAUUAAGACUGCCAGAGAAAUGUACGAUUAUGUGAUACAAAAUACAGCCGAAAAGGCUAAAGUUAAAAAGAAGCAACCUCCUGCAAAGAAACCUCGUACACAAUCUCUAGUGGAAGAACAAGAAGCACAAAUUCUUGCUCUUGAAAGAACAUUAGCGAAAUUUGAGCGAAACUCUGCUACCUCACCAUCCGAAGGUCAAAAUGAAACUGAUAAUUCGAACGAAAGUUCUUCAGAUAGUCAAAGUUCUAACGAUGACUCGUCUGACUCUCAAAGUUCCGAUUCAUCUGGUUCAGAUUCAGAAGAUUCAGGUAGUGAGUCACCAUAG